GGGUUCAACGGCAAAAAGGAAAGCUAUACAACAUUUUUGGUUUCCGAAUGUUGCAGCUACCUGGUGCCGAGUGCGUAAAGAACCGAUCUUCGACGAUAUGAGCAUGGCAAAGUGCUGGGAACUGCUGCUGUUUACGGCGGUAGUGAGGUGUGGCCAUUCGUACGACGUGGAGAAAGUGACCCGGCUGGGUCGAGUUGGAGGAAGCCGUCUAGAUGUGCUGGGGCAGAAAGUGGAAGAGUACCGCGGCAUCCCAUUUGCGCAGCCACCUGUAGGAAGACGGCGAUUUCUUGCACCCCAGCCAGCCAAGCCUUGGGAUGGAAUCCUGGACGCAACGAGCAGGCGGACUGCUUGCCCGCAGGUCGUGUACAGCAAGUCCAUGGCUGAUGACAUCGAAUACACGGAAGAUUGCUUGCACCUUAACGUCUGGAGUCCUCCUAGUCAGGACGGCGACCUAGUUCCAGUAGUGGUGUGGAUCCACGGAGGUGGCUUUUCGCUAGGAUGCGCGAGUUACGACAACUACACCGGGGCUCUACUUGCGGCCAAAACCAGCCUCAUCGUUGUUUCAAUGAAUUACCGUCUGGGAAUCCUGGGUUUUCUUGACGCGAACAGCCCUGAAGCACCUGGCAACAUGGGUCUUAUGGAUCAGAGCCUGGCUCUCAAGUGGAUCCAGGAGAAUAUCCAUGAGUUCGGUGGCGACCCAUCAAGAGUAACUAUAUUAGGAGAGAGUGCUGGCGCAAUGAGUGUCCAUGCGCAUGUACUAUCUCCCGUAAGCCGUGGCCUAUUCCAGAGGGCGUACAUGAUGAGCGGAACGAUGCACACGCUGGACUUCUUUGAUGCCACCCAUGAGAGCAUUAGCAAGGGCGACACGGUUGCCACCAUUGUAGGCUGUGCAGGUGGGGACCGCAGCCUGGCAUCCAACGUUGAAACCGUGAUCGACUGCCUGAGAUCAAAAAGUGCCGACGAACUGGUGCUCGCCACAGCCGAAGCCCUAGCGCCCAAGUUCUUUUUCUUUUUGCCAACCUACCACAACGAAUUUCUGCCAAAGGUACCCACUGUCGCGAUAAGCAAGGGAUUCUUCCAUACCGUCGACAUCGUCCUGGGAGUUACCGACGAUGAAGGGGUACUUUCCCUCAUGUAUCCUCUGAGGAGCGAGCUGCUUAAAGAUGACGUGGAAGGCGUUGACGAGCAGAAGUUUAAGCAUUUUCUGCACGAAAGUGUAUUCUCUUGGCUCAAGAUGGACUUUCCAGAAAUGUUGGAGAUGUACACAGCAGAGGCCCAGGACAAAUCGUCCUUGAGGCGCGGCUACGUUGACUACAUUUCCGACUCUGUCUUCGUCUGUCCUAUGCACUUCACGGCAGAAAAGCACGCGGACCGUGGUCAGACCGUGUAUUCGUACGUCUUUGGUCACAGAUCGCCUAAAACUGCGCUUCGUGCCUGGAUGGGGAUACCGCAUGGUUUAGACGUGAACUACAUCUUCGGGGUCCCCUUUAUUGAUCAGGAACGAUUUGACGAUGAAGAUUCUGCUGUGUCAGAAAUUGUGGUGACGGCGUUGAAGACCUUUGCUGCGAAUGGGGUUCCAGAGCUGCCUAUGAAGAAACCAUGGCCCAACUAUACCACCGACAGUCCUGUUUCCGUCUACCUGGACUACGAAAACAUCACCGAUAUCAAGGGAUUUCGCCAAGAGCAGUGCGGGCCGUGGAGAUCUUACCUGUAG